AGUGAAACCAUUUUUCGAGAAGAACUAUCAAGAGAGGUGAACAAUCUCUGUGGUUGCCAGGCGGUGUUUCGGCAACAACGUAAAAGCUACCGUUGUUUGCUGGAUGUACAAUGAUGAGUAGAAACAAAAUGAGACCGACAUUUGUAGUAACUGACUGUGGGAAUUUCGCUGCCUGCUCGUUUCCCUGACAGAUAGCUGUAUAACUCGCGAGACUGAUAAUAGUGCUUGCAGGCUUGGGCUGUCACUUGACUCGAAACUCUGCUUGAUCAGGAAAUAAGGAAGUUUCAGCUUAACUGGAAAAUUAACUAUUUGUGGGACAAGUCAUAUGUUACGCUAUUAAUACUCCUGCUACAAUGAUUUACUUCCACCUGAAACUGAAAGCAAAACAGAUAGCAAUAUAAGGCCUUAAUUAGUCACUGAUUACUAUGGAACCCGACAAAAUGAGUGAGGAAGGUGCAAAAAAUUUACGAAGCUCACAUCAAGCCAGUAAUCAAGCACGUCCAAAUGUAACCUCAAGUCCUGCCAGUGACAGCACUGUGGCACAGUGUCAAAAUAACACCUCGGUGAGUGUCACAAGUAACAUGGGAGCAAGUUCAAGCAAUCAAAGGGAUCGAGAUGUGGGUGACAUGGCAUUUAACUCUAACCCAAGGCCAAUUUCCAGCAUUACAUCGGGAUCCAACCCAGUGGCAGGCGCUUCAAUCCCUGUGCAUAACCAUGUGAAUAUCCCAGCUAUUGGCAGUGCCAGUUACAGUGGAAUUAACCCCCUUGUCCCUCUUCAGCCGUCUGUCAAGAAAUUAUGUUCAGGUUCCGGCCAGCAAGGACAGCAGUUGGAAGGGGCACCCUAUAACUGGCAGAGUGGAAAGACAUCGGUGAAAGAACGUCUAGCUUAUUUAUUUAACACAGAUGUCAUGAGUGAUGUGAAGUUUCAGGUUGGAAAGCCUCCGAACACGCAAGUGAUUCCAGCACACAAAUUUGUUUUGUCGGUUGGAAGCGCGGUUUUCGAUGCUCUAUUUAACGGGGGAAUGGCAACCACAGAGAGCAUGAUCGAAAUCCCGGACGUAGAGCCUGCAGCUUUUCUCGCUUUGCUGCGCUUCCUGUACUCAGAUGAGGUUCAAAUCGGACCAGAAACUGUAAUGACGACUCUUUACACAGCAAAGAAGUAUGCUGUUCCAGCGUUGGAGAAAGCUUGCGUGGAAUUCUUGAAGAGAAAUCUCAGUAGUGAUAAUGCAUUUAUGCUCCUUACUCAGGCACGUCUCUUCGAUGAACCACAACUGGCUGCUCUGUGUCUUGAGACCAUCGACAAGAACACCUCGGAUGCAAUAGGCGCCGACGGUUUUACGGAUAUAGACCACGAGACUUUAUGCGUUGUGCUGGAACGUGACACCUUGGGAAUUCGUGAAUGUAAACUGUUCUCGGCAGUGUGUAGGUGGGCUGAGGCUGAGUGUGUGAGGCAGAACAAAGGCACAACCUCCGAGAAUCAGAGGCGGGUCCUGGGGCGAUCUCUGAGGUUGAUACGCUUUCCAUUGAUGAGCGUUGAGGAGUUUGCCAUGGGAGCUGCUCAGAGCGGAAUUCUAGAAGACAGAGAAGUCGUUCAGCUUUUUCUGCAUUUUACAGUAAAUCCCAAACCUGCUAUCAGUUUUUCUGAUGUGCCUCGGUGCUGCCUGACUGGAAAGGAGCAAGUUGUAUCUCGCUUUUGUCAGAUUGAAAGUCGCUGGGGUUAUAGUGGUACAAGUGAUCGUAUUAGAUUUAUGGUGAAUAGGCGCAUUUUCGUUGUUGGAUUUGGACUCUAUGGCAGUAUCCAUGGGCCAACAGAGUAUUCCGUCAACAUACAGAUAAUUCACAGUGAUACUGGUAAAGUGAUGGGCCAGAAUGACACUAGCUUUCAAUGCGAUGGCUCUAAUUCCACUUUCCGUGUGAUGUUCAAAGAGCCUGUGGAAAUCAUGCCAAAUACAAGUUACACAGCCUGCUCUACCUUGAAGGGUCCUGACUCCUAUUACGGCUCCAAAGGGCUACGAAAGGUUACCCACGAGUCAGUCUCCAGUGGGAAGGUGACAUUUCAGUUCACAUAUGCCGCAGGCAACAACAACGGUACAUCCGUAGAGGACGGACAAAUCCCAGAAAUUAUAUUCUACACCUAGUCAUAGAGCCUAUCCAAAGAAAUUACUAAUAGUAUUAGAAUAGGGCUUUGUUUUGUUAAUGUGCAACGGUGAAGAACAAAUCGUAGAGAGAAAGUAAAGUAUUGGUGACAAUGUUAAUGCAAAAUAAUGCUCAACUUUUGUUUUCAUUAAUUCUGUUACAGAUCAGUUGUCUAGUCAUGAGAGUAUUGUUUGUUUGUAGAAUCCAUGUCACUGUUGUGGUAACAUUUUUCUUAACAUCUUUAUAAAGUGGACAAUUGUGUUUGUUGUGCCCAUUAAUCUGGCCUCAAUGUUGUAUUAUUGCUAUUGUGUUUUGACCUCUGAACCCAUCUGUGAAUGGACCAGACAGGAAAAAAACUGUAUAUGAAAUAACAAAAAAGAGAUAUUGUGUUUAUGUGAGAUAAUUAUUUAUUGAAGUACAUGUAUAUACCAAAUGUGUGUGCGGCAAAGUAUCAAAAACAAUGUACUGAUACCGUAGAAUGGAAUUUACACAGCCUAUUUUGUUCUCUGAGGUGUGAAUGUUUAAGUGAUGGUCAGUAAGCUUACACAAAUUUCUACAGACUGUAAAAGUCUUGAAAAAUAGCCAGAGGCAUCCUGUAUUGAGAGCAUCUAUGAACAAGUGAAUCAGGAUUUUGUUGAUAAAAGCAACAUAAGAUUCCUUUUAGUAUUAAAAUAGGACUGUAUGAGCAGGCAGUACAAUCUUCCUGAAAUACAACAUACAUGUAGUUUUAAUACGUGAUGAACAGUAUUGCCAUUUGCCUAUAUUUGAUAUGACAAGCCUGCCCUUGUUGAUUCUCCCUGCUCAGAAUUUUAAAUAAACAAAAAAGAAGUAUAACUUAACUAAAAAUAACUUGAUAGCAAACUUUUCUCAUUUUUUAUUAGCCUUGAUGUUUUUGAACUAACAGGUUGAUGUUUUUUUGCACUAACAAGUUGAUGCUUUCAAGUUUAUGUCGUGCUGGGAUACAUGUAAAACCCAGGUCAGCAGUGUCUGUCGUGACUGUCUUCUAUUUAAUAUUUGCGGUGUAUUAAAGAGGCAGCAGUCUAUCCUAAACAGGUAUUUAGGAGGGGACCUUGUCCUCAGUGUAUGUCCUGUUAUUUUUGACAGAUUGUACACACACAUGCUUUAACCAGGAAAGGUUAUGCUGGCAGUAACUUGCCUGGUAGUGUUGUUGAAGCAUUUCUUGAAUGUUUUAAUUUUAUAUAAUUGUAAACUUUACGCCGUGCUAUUGCCCUACUGUUAAAGUGGGCGUGUAUUUGUAGGUCUGAGUGUAUGUACGCUGUUUGUAUACAUAAGCAUUUGUAUGCAUUGAUGCACUGGUGUACCUGUCUCUGCUACUCAAAGUGUUUAUUUAUGAGAACUGUUCUAAUCUCAGACAUACAUUUACCAUGUGAUUGAGGAACAAGUUGAACAUGUUCUGUCUGGUAUGAUGGUUAACAAAAUCUUGGGCUGCUUACAACAUUGAAAUCAAUGGGUAUCCAGUCAGCCUGUAGAAAACUUGUCCCAUGUCAUUUACAGAGAUGAAAAUUUGUGGUCUUUGUCCAAAAUUUUAAAACGUACUAAAAAUGUAGAACAUUAACUAAAUUUUGUUAAUGGAUUGGUGUAUGUCAAGCGAACUAUUGUCCUCCUUGCUUUAUGAUUUUUGACCUUGUAAUGUAGAAUGUUCUGGAUUUACAAAACACAAAUCAGUGCUUCAGCCUAGUCAGUAAAGGAAAAGGUAAAUGCAAGAUGAUGGUCAGGUCAUGUCACACAGGGAAGUCACUCUGUCAUUACAAUAUUUGGACUCGUGAAUGGUGUGGUGCAUAUAUGUUCAUGACAUAGUCCUUUAAUGUGUUACUAAUUCAUGCCUGUUCUGAGUGGUGGAGUUUGUGAACAGACAUACAUGUAUGCCUAUAGCCAGAGAAGACUUUAAGUCAGUAAAUCAUAAGCAACUGGUAUAUCAAUUUUAUAUUACAUGAAAAAGCUCUGGAUUUGUGGAACACCUAGGGUUUGUGCUAUUUUCUCACUUUAUCUCAUAUGUGCAAAUUCCACGAAUGAAGAAUUCACAUAUGCCCUAUAGCAGAUAGGAUCUGGUGGUCACCAAAGAAAACUGACAACCUUUCUGGUCAGGUCUGCUACGGGUAAGGAAUGUAACCUUAAAUGAUGAGCAUGCAGUUGAACGAGCCAGAGAGAAGGUAUGGGCCGUUUCUGAGGUCUGUGAUAGUCUAAGUGUUUAGGCCAGUGUUGUCAUGAUCAUGUGCAAUAUGUUGUUUGUCCUAGAAGCUGUGACAUCAAGUCUUGUAUUGGCUGGCAUUUUGUGAUUUUGGACAAAACUGUGAAUAAACAAGUGAACCCUAA